CCGAAAUCAAAUUAUGUUAAACGCAAAUAGGUACGCGAUUGCGUUGAAUGUAUUUUACAUCCGGCAAAACGACGUCGCAGUAGCUGUAACAAAAUGCUGUUCCAACAUAUACCUAUACAGGUUUUUAAUUAAUUUGGAAACUCUAGUACUUUGGGACACCAUUUCCGCUCGCCUACUUUACAUAAAGGAAGUAUAGAUACCAAACUACGUUUUAUGAACGAUGUUGCUUAUUCAUAG